AUGGGAUGUGUGAGUAGACGAAUUUGUUGUUGCAUGGCCAAGUUUCCACCGAUUUCACGUGGUUUGGUUUCGCUACUCCAGACUGCUGGCGCUGGGAAUUCUACUUGUGGGAGUUCUUGGGGGCUUCGUAUGCAAGCUUUGUGGGUUUGUGGGGCUUUUGCAUGGCAGUUAGGGUUCUUCAAGGUUUAUCUGAAAAUGGAGUCGCGGAAUGUCUUCGCCGCUAAAAUUCUGUGAUUGUGGAGAAUCGGUGGUUUUAUUUUUUAUUUUUUAUUUUUUAAUGCGAUUAUGGGCUUGAGGGGAGUUCGCUGCUGUGUCGUCGUCAGCGAUUUUGGUACUUGAAUGUGAAGGUCUAAAAUCUUGCACGCGGAUCUGGAUGUGUCGACGACUAAAACUGUGUUAUGGAACUUCUUGCUUCAAUGUAUGUUUGUAAGGCUUUCUGCUUUCAAUGGUGCAUGAAUAUAGUGACUCUGAAGAGGAAACGAUGCCAGAAUCCAGCUACGGGCUGAACUUGAUCGCUGGGCUGCUACCAGGGUUUGCGGUUUUAGCAUUUGAAAGAGAUUUCAACUAGAGAAAUUGACUUGGCUAUGAUGUUGAGUGGAAUGCCGGGGAUUUAAAAGAGAAAAGAAACACACACAAACACUGACACACACAGAAUGAACGAAAGAAAGAAAGCAGAAGCGCAGAUUAGCUCCACUAUCACCUGCAUUAUCUAUGGCUCGCAUAAGAAACAUGGAAGACCCCAUUCCAAAUGUACACGGCGGCAUUUAUGAAGACGGACCAUUCAAAAUAGAAAUCGUGCAUGUCGAUGAUGCAAGUUCCUCUUCAACUUGUCUGAAGAAGAGCCGAGCUGCUGUGGACAGGGAGAAUCUCUCUCCAAAGCCGCUGGUAGUAGCGUUGCCGAAGGAAGAAGGAGUGUACCCAGUGAUCCAAUUCCACCAUGGAUUUACUUUACAGAACAUGUUUUACAGCCAAAUCAUCUCCCACAUCGCAUCCUAUGGAUUCAUAGUCGUUGCACCUCAGAUGUACAAGAUCUCGGGGUCAGACGCAACAACUGAAAUCGAGGACGCGGUGCAAAUAUUGAACUGGAUGCCAACAGGAUUGGUGGCAGCAUUGCCCGAGACUCUAUCAAAGCACCGGCCGGAUUUCAGCAAAGUGGCACUUGUGGGGCACAGCCGAGGGGCGAAAGUGGUGUUCGGGCUUGCACUCGGCGUUCGGAACAGCAUUUUGCAAUACUCAGCCGUGGUGGGGCUCGACCCAGUGGACGGCAUGGGCAUCGGACAGCAGACCAACCCCCCAAUUCUCCAAUUCUCCGAGGGCUCCCUAAACCUCGGCGUCCCAACGCUCAUCAUCGGAACAGGCCUCGGCCCACUCCGCAAAAACUUUUUGUUCCCAGCAUGCGCCCCAGCAGGUGUGAGCCACGAGGCCUUCUACUACGACAGUGCGGCGCCGGCCUUCCACUUCGUGGCAUCCAAGCAAGGCCACAUGGAUUUUCUCAACGAUGAUUGCAGCGGUCCCACGGGCAUGUUCUCCUACUGCUUGUGCAAAAACGGACCGACCCGCAAGCCCAUGCGACGGUUCUCCGGGGGCAUGGUGGUGGCCUUUCUGCGAGCUGCUUUCUUCGGCGAGACUGCCCCUCUUGUCGCUGCUCUUGCCACACCUGAGCUUGCUCCCAUCCCAUUAGACCGACCUGAAUUUAAAGGUAAGCUGGGUGAUGCAUUCAACAAACCCAUGCUUGCUCCGGCGCUCACUCCUUGAUCCAUGCUUAGCUUUGCCCUGCAUCGAUCCUUCCCUCCCUUUGUACACAAGAAUGGCGUUGCAAUGAAUCUUGAGAAUUCGUCGACUUGGCAUCCGACACUCCCCAUGUGGGCUGCUGAUUGACACUACUGUUUUUUUCUUUUCUUUUUUCUCCCUUUUGUGCUUCUUCCCGUUGUAUCGUGUGCUUCUCAGUCUUGUCGAAUCACCUAUGGUGGUGUCGGUGGAUGUCGAUGACUGAGUGCGCGUGUAUGAAUCCUCGGAACGGCGUUUUUCUUCGCCGUGUUGCGUUGAGCUGUCGGUGUUAAAGGUGCGAGUUUUAGGGUAUUCGUAGCUGCUGGAUUGUAGGGCGAGGGAGGAGUAGGGUUUAUCAGUGUAGGGAUGAUUAGAUUUCAUUUUUUAUAUUGAAACUAAUCUUUGUGUAUAUAUUUAUACGAUUAGGUUU